UCCGCCCCUUCAGGCAGGAAGUGUCGGCGCCGCCACUGUCCGGCCACAGCCUAACGCUCUUCGCUGUCGUUUGUGGUCUCGCGCAGGGCGGCCCCGGUUCUGGUGUUUGGCGUUGGAAUUAAACAACCACCAUGUCGAGCAAAAAGGCAAAGACCAAGACCACCAAGAAGCGCCCUCAGCGCGCAACAUCCAAUGUGUUUGCCAUGUUUGACCAGUCACAGAUUCAGGAGUUCAAAGAGGCCUUCAACAUGAUUGAUCAGAACAGAGAUGGCUUCAUCGACAAGGAAGAUUUGCAUGAUAUGCUUGCUUCUCUAGGGAAGAAUCCCACUGAUGCAUACCUUGAUGCCAUGAUGAAUGAGGCCCCAGGGCCCAUCAAUUUCACCAUGUUCCUGACCAUGUUUGGUGAGAAGUUAAAUGGCACAGAUCCUGAAGAUGUCAUCAGAAACGCCUUUGCUUGCUUUGAUGAAGAAGCAACAGGCACCAUUCAGGAAGAUUACCUAAGAGAGCUGCUGACAACCAUGGGGGAUCGGUUUACAGAUGAGGAAGUGGAUGAGCUGUACAGAGAAGCACCUAUUGACAAAAAGGGGAAUUUCAAUUACAUCGAGUUCACACGCAUCCUGAAACAUGGAGCCAAAGACAAAGAUGACUGAAAGAACUUUAGCUAAAAUCUUCCAGUUACAUUGUCUUACUCUCUUUUAUUUCUCAGACACUUCCCCCACCCUCAUAGAACCUGUUGCAUGCAACUUAGUUUCACAGCUUUGCCUCUUCUUUUUGAUGUAUUUAUUCCAGACCUUUCUGCCACUUAGCACUUGUAUAAUCAGACUGGAAAUGGGGAUGAGGGUGUAAAUUGUAUUGAAAAAGAGAUCGCGAAUAAAAAUCAACAAAUGUGAAAGCCCAGAAAAAUAUAUUCGUAUUUCUGGUUUUGCUGGAUUUUUACAUUUUUAUAUAAUAAAAAUGUUAUUUUGAAAUAAA